AUGAAUAUUAACGAUGAAAAUAGAAAUAGCAAAACGAACUUAUUUGACGAUUAUGAUGACAUUAACAAUGUUGAUAAUGAAGAUCAACGAAGCUUUUUUAAUACUGAUGAUAUCAAAGGUGAUAAUGAUUUAUGUGAUGACAGCAUUAUUGGAAACAAUGUAUCCGAAUCUGGUGGUGACAAUUCUCAUUAUAGUGGUAGUAAUGAUGACAAAAACAUAGGUCAUUGA